UAUCCCCUAGAAGUUUGUGAUUGUAAUUCAUAUCAGCUACUAUAUGGAUGAUAACUUUGAUUUCUUUAUACAAAACUCUCUAAACAUGAAUGAAGCUUAGCACAAAAUAAUUAAUAAUCAUGGUAGUUGUUUUGCAGCCUCAUGCUUUCAAUGUUUUUCUCCACACUACAAAAAUUUACCAUGCGCAGAAUCCAACAAUUCAUAUAACAUCACCAUGCCUAAUUCAAUGUUUUAGUUCUUCUAUCCAUCAGAGACCGUCUCAAGUUGCACGUGAUUGCCGAAGUAAAACAAAGGUUUUUGCAAUGAGGAGAAGAAGGGAAAAUGAGAGAACAUAUACUUAUGUACUAUUAGAACCAGGGAAGGAUGAGAGGUUUGUGUCAGAGGAAGAGUUGAAAGAUACUUUGAAAGAGUGGCUCACAAAUUGGCCUGGCAAGACUCUGCCUCCUGAUCUUGCAAGAUAUGAAACCAUUGAUGAUGUUGUUUCUUUCUUAGCAAAGUCCUUUUGCAAACUUGAAAUUGAUAGAGAAGUUGGAUCAGUUCAGUGGUAUGAACUUCGUUUGGAGUGAAUAUAUAGAAUCAGAUUAUUCCAUCAACCAUUUCAUUUGUGUCUUGCCAACUUGUGAUUGUAAUAGUUGAGGAACCAUUUGUGUUAUUUAGAACAUUCCAUUCUCUUGUAACUGACACAAACAUGUUAUUUAUAAUUUGGAUGAAUAGUUUAAUUAAACACUUGCAACAUAAA